CGAUAAUAAACAAUGGCACUAGUUCAUAGCCUCCUCAGAGUGAAUAGCUGCAUCAAACUAUUUCGGAAAGAAAAAAAAAAAACAAAAAUAAAAUACAACUGCAUCUCAUUUUGCAUAAACAAUGACCGAUUUAGACCCUUGGAAGGUCCAGGUCCAACAUCCAGAACAUUCUAACUCUGCCACCAACGGAAAAUUAACAGACGAAAUCAACAAUUCUACGGAAACAGCAAACUCAGCUUUGGGAUUUGAGGAUAGUUUUAUUGGAGCUGAAAAUAAUAAUUGCAGCAGUGAUAAGAAGAGACCAGAAAACACAAAUAAAUCGCAUAAUAAACCUGAACACCAACCGCUGCCAGAUUCGCAAACCUAUUUGAAAGGAUUGGAACGAAAAUUGGACAAAUUAAAAAAGAAUUCAAAACUUGUUGAAGCUUUGUCGGAAAAACGUAGCGAUUGUUUACGAUCUCUAAUUCAAGGUGAUUUGUCUGGAAGCAAUUCAAACAAUGAUUUGCUCCUGGAAUUAGAAGCAAGCAUUAAUUCCGAUUCUGCAGUACAUAAUUUAUAUCGUCAAAUACAACCAGUUCAGGCUGUAACUGUCGGUGAAACUGUACAUAUUGUUAAGUACGAUCAAUUGGAGGAACAGCGUUUGGAGGCUGACGCCGAAGAAAACGGAGAAUUACCAGCAAGUCGAUAGAAAUAUACAUUACACGCCUCCUCAACCAUCUGCAGCAGCACAAUGAAUUCAUCGUUUGGUGAAAUAUUUAUGUUUCUAACCAACUUAGCUUGGAAAAGUCGUAUGACAAUUCCAGUUUUGGUGACAACAGCUUUUUUAAUUAUGGACAUAAGAUUGCAAAUUGAAAUUAACUUCCAGUCUGGUCAAGUGGCGGCUGCGGAAUUUGAUGCUGAUGACGAUGAUUAUUUGGAUGAUGAUGAUGACGAUGCAUACGAAGAGUACACAACAGACUCUGAUACGAAUGAUGACGAUGUUGAUAGCGACAAUUAGUUACAUAUAUCUCUGCGCAUAACUUCCCAAAAUUAAUUUAUCUUUUUUGUGUUUCACAUAGCGUUAAUAAUACAAAAUACCUUUAUUUGUAGAUCAACUUUUUUUAUUUUAUAAAAUGUAAUAAAGGCGGGACUAAGCUUA